UGCUGCUUCUCUCCAUCUCUCUCGACGGCGGGCGUGCUGCCCUUCCCAAGCGCCGCUAAUCACUCCACUUCAUUCUCUUGAUAUCUCUUCCUUCUUUUUUCUGUCACCAUGGGGGUCCAGUUUGGCUCCUUCGACAGCAUUUGCGAAACGGCGGCGCUCGUCAUUUGCUCGCUGGUUGGGACGGCGCAGGGGAUUGAGCCGUCGUGUUAUAGUAGGAAUGUGGAAGUAGGAGGGACUAUCAUAUUUCAGCCAUCGACAUCUUUUGUCCACAUAGUCGCGAUAAUAAUGACUGCUAUAAUGAUCUUUCACAUUCGAAGCAAAUACACUGCCGUCGGCCGGAAGGAGAUUGUCAUGUUCUUCUACAUGUACAUUGUUAUUGAGCUCUUGGCGAUGUUCUUGGACUCCAACAUUAUCCCUACCGCGAAUUCGAGCUAUCCAUGGUUUGCGGCCAUCUACACAGGACUAGUCGCGGCAGCGUAUUGCUGUCUCCUCAUCAAUGGCUUUGUGGGAUUCCAGUUUGCUGAGGAUGGUACUCCUUUGUCUCUCUGGUUCAUGCGCAUAGCCUGCCUGGUGGUCUUUGGUGUCAGCUUCUUCAUCUCCAUCGCGACCUUCAAGGGGUUCGCCGGGUUCAGCUACUCGAAGCCCAUCGGGCUCUGGAUCAUCUACAUCCUCUGGCCGAUCAUCUGCGCUGCUGUGUACGUGGUGUCGCAGCUGGUCCUCGUGUUCCGUACCCUGGAGGACCGGUGGCCGCUCGGCGAUAUCAUCUUCGGCGCUGCGUUCUACACUGUCGGAAACGUGCUGCUAUUCGCCUUCAGUGUGACAAUCUGCGACGCGAUCAAGCACUACAUCGACGGGCUGUUCUUCUUCACGCUGUGCAUGCUCCUGAGUGUCAUGAUGGUUUACAAGUACUGGGAUAGUAUCACGCGGGAGGACCUGGAGUUCUCCGUCGGUUCAAAGGCGGCGGUCUGGGAAGUCAAAGAUCCAUUACUCUCAACAGGCCUCGACUACUCGGAAGAAGACACCGUCAGCAACUACCAUGGUGGCGGAGUCGCCCCGAGCCUCGUUGGCGGCGUCAGCGGGCAGCAGCUAUACCAGAAGGGUGGCAUGGGCGGUCGCGGAUACCCGCCGUCGGAUCGGUAUUGAGCAGUCGGACUCACUCAAUCGGCUCCUGUCAGCGUUCCUUUGCAUCUUACCCUUACCUCUAUUGGACAAUGACGUGACCGUAAUAGUUUUGAAUCCUGGCUUGCGCCGGUGGAUGCCACCUUGGUAGUUGAUCAUUGCAAUUGUAUCAUGUUAUCUUCCCAUUGCAUUAUACCUAUCUAAAGACAUGAACUUUUCACGUGCGGAUCCG